AGCUAUCGAAAUCGUACAUCUUUUGUUCAGUGCACGCGUUGUUGUUAUUUUUGUUGUUGAAAUUUAGUUGUUGUUGGUGUUGAGCGUUUGUGAGGUUGUUGAUCAUUGAAUCCUGAAUUUCUGCUUCUUUUGCCGGAUUCAGGUGCAAAGUGAAAGCGGGUUGCCGCGCGGGUUGUUUUGAUCCGAAGGGAUUUAGCAGGAAGAGCCCGGUCGGACUACUUAGCCUUUCAAAAUGCCCGGAAUCAAAGACGAAAGGGACGACAGCGAUGGAGAGGAGAUGGAGCAUGAAUCCGACCAGUCGGAUAAGUCAUCUUCCUCCUGCGAUUCCAGCGAUGCCUCCGACUCCGAUGACAGCUCGGCAGAAAUGGACGAGGAGGAAUGUGAGAGGAGGAGAGUAGAGUGCAUCGACAGCCUCUCAGACAUGGAAAGGCAAUUCAACAUUUUGCGAGAGCAGUUGUAUCAUGAACGGAUAACUCAAGUUGACUCGAAGCUUGGAGAAGUCAAACUUGGGAGAGCUCAUGAGUACCUUCAGCCAUUAGAACAGCUACAAGAAAACUUAAGAGUCCGGACGGAAGUUGCAGGAAUUCUUCGCAACUACCGCAUGACAAAUGUUAGGAAUAAAUUUCAAGCUGAAGAAACUGCUGCCUUGCAAAAUUAUCAAAGUGAGAAGGUUCUACUAUGGGACUCAAUAAAGGAUGACUUAGAAGAAAAAAUUCGCAUGUUAGAAGAAGAUAGAAACAACAUUGAUUUCUCCGCUGAAAUGUGGGUGAAUGAGCAACGGAAAACAGGAUGGCGAAAUGGCUACAAAUCUGGACGUGGCGGAAAUAACAAUGGACGAGGAGCUCUGGAUUUGCCUGGCCGGCGGAAACCUCUAACAGUUUCUGGCCCUUAUGUAGUUUACAUGCUUAGUGAUGAAGAUAUAUUGGAGGAUUGGACAGCAAUCAAGAAAGCUCUGUCAGUUUGCAAACGUAAAUCAGAAAUGAGCAUUUGAGAUUUGCCUUCCUCCAGUCACUCUCGCAGUGGCUGGACUGGGUAUGAUGAUACUCAACAAUCGCCGGCACCACAAGCCCGCGGAUCUCAAGGCGAAGUUUGCAAGUAUUCUUCCAAAUCUUCAUCAACCAACCCCCAGACUGCGGGCACAAGUAAUGUGCGUUGGCAACAGUCGAGCAAACAACCCUCUACUAGCGGAAGCCAGUCAGUACGCAGUCUUCCAAGUUCUUGUUAUGUUCCUGUACCUCGAAACACACCACCCAGCUUUGGGCCUAGUGCAUCGAUUUCUUCCGUGAGAAGUCCAAUGAGCAGUGGCUUGGCAAGUGCCACUCGUGUGCCACAUCAGUCAACAAGUUCCCUGUCCAGUACUUCUAGACCUUUCGUGCCAAAUGCACCAGUCUUAUCUCAGCCUUCAUCUUUGAUGGGCAGAGCUCAAUACCGGCAACCGAACUUCAGAAGAGGGUCUCCCUACUCCAGAAUAGGUUCAAGACUCCAAGGGCAUCGAAGGCCAACCUCAACUGCAAGAUUCAAACCUAAGAAAAACUAAUCUAUAUCUGACUUUUUUUCAUGUACUGUACUUG